UACUUUAUUUUCUUUCCUCGAUCAUCGUAGGUUAAAGUAAUCGUUGCUCAAGAUUACGAGAUUUCUGAGAUUCAAUGCAGUGGGGCUGGUUCAGCAGCCGAUCUUCUCACUGCAAAAAUCAGAAGACCGAUCGGCUUCAGAGGAGCUCCGCUAUUUGCCGACGAUAGAUCGGCCAAUCCUCUCAUCGACAUUCAUUGCCAGAUUAGACCGGAUCCUAAUGAUCCUCAAGAAGACAACUACUUUCUUAAAGUAACGGAUUUCUCACGAUGCGGUGUCCUCAAAAGAAACGGAUUUAUUCACUUACGGAUAUGGUUUCCGGCAUUCCCUGGAGUCGUAAUGCUAGCCGAUCAAGAAUUGAUCCUCAUGUGUCGUCCACCUGAGCCCACAUUGCUUAGGCACAAAGCUGCCGGUUUUGCUGGUACCUUUCCACAUGGUGCUAGAGUAUCCGGUGUAGUAGAGGAGACACCAGGUCGUCUAGAAUACGAAGUCGCUCUUUAUCGCGAAGCUACAGGUAAUCUAUCAGAAUCUAGCGGAUCCCAAACUGUCGAUCAGGCGGUACCAAUAGGCACAAAACUUCAGCUAAGAGCUCGUAUCAGCCCUGACAGUGCUUGGGGUUACAUCAAACUUUUGGAAGUAACGGUCAGUCCUGAUCCCGAUCAACCGCAUGCUUCAGGAAGCGUUAUCCUUGUUAAGGAUGGAUGUAGAAAUCGAGAUUUUGCCUCGAUCAUUCCCCAUCAACCGGCAAGGUAUCGUGAAAGAAAAAACGAGGUAUUUUUGGAUUUCGAAGCAUUUUUGCUUAGUUCUAUGCGAGAACGUUCUACAUUGUGGAUACAUUCGCAAAUAAAAGCUUGUAUGGAACCACAAGAUUGUCAACCGGAUUUCUGUCUGGACCUUUUCGAGCCGUCGGGUCAUGGCAAACGAAAAAAACGAAAUAUCAACGAAGAAAUCAACGGAGAAUUCUUGCCUAAAGUUGAACGUCUCAUCAAAAGUUACAAUGACUCAACGCCUUUUACAAAAUUCAAGGAAAACAUUGAAUAUACCGUCAUGAUGCCAGAUGAUAUUUACAACAAAGUUGCAACCGGUCUGGAAGGUAGUUGCGGUGGUUUUUUUUAUGUGGCAACUGGUUUAGGUGUAUUAUUGGUCCUAUCGGCCUUUAUUAUGUGUUAUUUGGCCUCUCGUCUGCAUAAUUUAUCUUCAUCUAUCUCACAAAAUAAGUCCAUCGAUGAGUUGGUACGAGAUAGAGCGAGAAAAUACUGUGACACAACGUCAAGAUACACUGGACGAUCUACCGUACAAUAAUAUGUAUAAAUCGAUUUAUUUGCAUUCAAUAACGUUUAAAAGCAAAACAGAAAAAAAUAAGCAUGACGUGAAAACGUUUAAAAUCGAACGAUGAACACUUAACAUUU